AUGAAUCAACCGCAAGUAGCAAUCUAUCAUCCUGGUACACUCCUAUCUGUGGGAUCCCAUCAAGCAAGAAUUAUAAAAUACUUAACAAGCGGAGGUUUCGCACAAGUCUAUACAGCAGAAAUUUCACCCAUUGAUCCAUUCAUUAAUUCCAGUAUAGUAUGUUUGAAACGCGUUAUUGUCCCUGAUAAACCAAGUUUAAACACUUUAAGAGCUGAAGUGGAUGCCAUGAAACUCCUGAGAAACAAUACUCACGUUGUCUCUUAUAUCGAUUCACAUGCCGCUAAAUUCGAUACCAACAUUGGCUCAUAUGAAGUUUUCCUAUUAAUGGAAUAUUGCGAUAGAGGAGGACUUAUAGAUUUCAUGAAUACAAGAUUGCAAAAUAGAUUGCAUGAAAAUGAGAUAUUGGAUAUUAUGUCUCAAGUUUCACAAGGUGUUGCCGCUAUGCAUGCAUUACAACCACCUUUAUUGCAUAGAGAUAUUAAGAUUGAAAAUGUACUUCUGACCUCAAGAGGUCAUUAUAAACUUUGUGAUUUCGGAUCUGUGUGUGGGAUAAUUAGACCUCCUACCAAUCCGCAGGAAUUCACUUAUGUACAACAUGAUAUUAUGAAAAAUACAACGGCUCAAUAUAGAUCGCCAGAAAUGAUCAAUUUAGGUAAGGGUUUGCCAAUUAAUGAAAAAUCUGAUAUCUGGGCAUUAGGUGUUUUCUUAUAUAAACUUUGUUAUUAUACAACACCGUUUGAGAAAACUGGUGAAAAUGCUAUACUUCAUGCAAGUUUCCAAUUCCCCAAUUUUCCACAUUAUAGCGAUCGUAUGAAAAGUUUGAUUAGGAUCACAUUAAACGUACAACCAUCUCAAAGGCCAAAUAUUUAUCAAUUAUUGGAAGAAGUUUCAAAAAUACAAAAUGUUCCAUGUCCAAUACCAGAUUUCUAUUUACAAAGAAAAUUAGCUCAAGCUCAAGCACAAACUCAAGCUCAAGAUGUUGUAAUGAAUGUACCUAUACCGUCUUAUCCUGUGGCAAUACCUGCCAUAACCAAUAAUAAUGGCUCUUAUAACUACAAUAUGUCAAUAGCAAGUGCAACAAUUAAUCCUCAAAAUGCGAAUAAUAAUAAUACCAAUAACAACCCAUAUACAGUAGCUUCUAAUAAUGUGACUGGUAUUCUACAAUCUAUAAAUGCACCCCUUUUAAAUGUCCCUUUACAACCGAAUAGACCAAUUUCCUCACAAAAAAAACAUAUACAAAAAUCUCAAACUAUGCCCAUGCCAUCAAUGGAUGCCAACUUGAAGAAAUCAACAUGUCAAUUAGGCCACACUACCCUAUCUAUACCCAAUAAGAAUAAUGAUGUCAUACAAAAAAGGGCAAGUGUAAGCUCUUCUAGAAGCUCACCAUUAUUACAGGAAAGAAUUAUAUCCACUGAUAUGUCAUUCAGCUCUGAUGAUGAUAAAGAUGAUGAUUCCUCAAUUCAUACUGAUGAACAAAAUGUGAAAAUUGAUACUCAACCAUUAACACAUACAAUUUCGAAAACUAAAUCAUUAUUUGAUAAUAAUGAUAAUGUCGAACAUGGAAGGUCACUAAAUAAGCAUGCAACCAAAAGGGAGAAACAUCGUAGUCUACCCCCAUUACAAAGGAAUACUCUCAAAAAUAAUUUCGACCAAAUGUACGAUGAUACUACCCAAUCAAACUCAAAAUCCUCUACCCCAGAAAAAUCUAUAUUAUCUAAUCAAGAAACAAAAGAACAAAUAAAAAAGAAAAUGUUAGAAAAAUUACAAAGAGUGAAAAGUAUAACAGCUUCAACACCAACAUUACCUACUACGUCUAAUGACAAGGAAGUGGCACAAAAGAAAAAACAAAACCAGUUGUUCCUAUAA